CCGUGAAUGUUCCAUAUGAAAAAGCUGAAAGUUAUAAAAGCCAUUUUGACAUUUCAAUGAAAAAACAAAAAAUGAGACAAGAACUUUUGUUGUCAAAGUCUUGUGCAGAAAUUCAGUAGAUUUAUUUUAAUAAAAUGCAGUAGAACGUUGAGUUGAGUUGACAAAUAUUAAUUAACAGCCAAUUGGUUAGGUUAAAGACCAGCAGAGUUGGAAUAAUUAAUACAAAAUUUAUUAUGUGAGAAAAUCAAAUGAAAUUGAACUUUUUUUUUGCAAAUGCUUAAGGAAACUAGAACAAUAACAAAGAGAAAAAAAAUUAAAAAAUCAGAUGAUCCCAGCGGCUAUAAACAACAACAAAUUAAAGUGAAGAUAAAUAAAACGCCUCAUGCUUGCCUAAUUACGUGGCUAACGGCUUUAUAACUGUUUACUAAAAUUAAAGAAAUUUAACAAAUUCUUGAAUACUGAAAUGGAUGACAAAAUACUCGUAGGAACUCCACCCGCACAUCACAUAAGAUCGAAAUCAGAAAUAACUUCAGUGAGUAGUGACGAUUCGGAACCAGAGUACUUCGACAACAAUAGUGUAGAGUUACGCGGUUAUCUCAGCAAAUGGACAAAUUAUAUUUAUGGGUGGCAGCCACGCUAUAUUGUAUUAAAAAAUGGGACCUUAUCCUAUUACAAAUCAGAAUCGGAGUCGGAUUUCGGCUGUCGAGGUGCUAUAAGUCUUAGCAAAGCGACUAUCAAAUCACAUGAAUCUGAUGAAUUACGCUUUGAUAUCGUGGUUAAUAACUAUAAUAAUUGGUGUUUGCGAGCGGAGACGUCUGAAGAUCGUAUGCAUUGGGUGGAAGUUCUGCAGAUGUACAAGGAGGAAACGGGCAGUACUGAUACUACAUCUUUACGUCGACAUGGCAGCACAAUGUCACUACAGUCAAACACUGUUUCAGUGGCCAGUGGUAGUAGCCUUAAGAAAACAUCUCGAAAUCUGAAAGAGAAAGUUGGAGAAAUUGAAACAUUCAAAGAUAUUUUGUUUGGACAAAUUGAAACAUUGCAAAGAUAUUUCGAUGCGUGUGUAGACAUUAAUAAAGAUACAGGCAAACCAUUGGACUUAGGGGAUGGCUUAAAUCCAAUCGAUUUUAAGGGUGAAUCUAUUACAUUUCGUGCUACUACCGCUGGUGUUUUAACAACAUUGCAGCAUUGUUUAGAUAUUAUUGCUGAGAAUGAUGAUUUGUGGCGAAAGAAAUUGGAUCGAGAAGUUGAAAAACGAAGAAGAGCCGAUGAACAAAAUAGGAAGUAUAAAGAAGAAAUAGAAAAAAUCAAACGUAUUUCAUAUCCUGGUCCAGAUUUAGAGGAGGGUCCACACUCAACUUUGCCUGAGGAUGAAUUUUUCGAUGCAGUUGAAACGGGCUUGGACAAAAUCGAAGAGGAUAUGCAAUUGCGCGUUAAAUUAAAAUUGCAAUCUCAACAAUCGCAAACUCUGGUCAAUGUGCCUCAUCAAGCGCAGUCAGAGGGUGAAGAAGGCGUAGAGGAGUUUGGCACUGGAGCAUUGGCGAAAUGUCACACUUUGUGGCCGGAAAUCGACCGUGUCUGCAAAGAACAACUACACUACGCUCGAGAAGGUGUGGGGCAGGGUGGCAACGGUUGGCAAAUAUUUGCCGAUGAAGGUGAGAUAAAAAUGUACAAACGUGAGGAGGAAGUAAAUGGCAUGGUGAUGGAUCCCUUAAAGGCAUAUCACUCGGUAAAAGGAGUUACCGCGCGCGAAAUGUGUCAUUACUUUUUCAUGCCAGAAUUUCGCAACGAUUGGGAAACCACUUUGGAAGAUUGUACGAUACUGGAGAAAAUAUCUCCUGAUACUUUAGUGUUUUUGCAAACGCACAAACGCAUUUGGCCUGCUAGUCAACGAGAUGCACUCUUCUGGUCACAUAUGCGUAAAAUACAGGAUGGCCUAGAUGAAGGUGCGACUGAUACAUGGAUUGUGUGCAACAAUUCUACAAAUUAUUCAAAACAAGAGUCUAAAAACGGUAAAUGUGUACGUAUAUUCUUAACAGUAAUACUCGCUUGCCAGACAUAUUUACCACCCAGUAAAACGAAAACUGAUGAACUGAAACGUGAUGAACUGACCUGCAAGAUAACAUACUGUUCCGUGGUCAAUCCUGGCGGUUGGGCUCCUGCUACCGCAUUACGCGCUGUUUAUAAACGAGAAUACCCUAAGUUCCUUAAACGCUUCACUGGUUAUGUGAUAGAUCAGUGCAAGGAGAAGCCAAUCAUGUUCUGAUAUUUGCCAUUGUUGUUACGAUUUUAAUUUUAUAAAUUCUCUUCAAACUAUUUGCGGAUGUGUUAUAUAUUUUCUGUAUGAUAUAUACAAUAUAAACUAAAUCAUGUAUUUUUAUAUAAAGAAAUGCACAGUUAGCAUAAGUGAAACUAAAUUUUCUAUUUUUAAUUG